UCCAUUGUUGAAGAUUUAAAUUCACAUGUUUGUUUCAGUUUCGUUGUAAUACAGACCACAUCCGAGCCUGAACUCAACGCUGGACAACAAGGGAUUUUUUUUAACAUGUUGGAAUUUCCCAAGCGUGGGACUUUCCUCCAUCAUGUUGAUGCAAUGCGUGUGAAAAAAAAAAGAAAAGUAAAACUUAUGUCGUGUGAAGAUUAAUUAAGCCUCACAUGUCCACUAUUAACAAUGGCAACAAACAAAACAAAACAAAAACAGAGAGUAGAAAACAUAAACACACAAAACACAUUGUGUAGAAAAGUCUACUAAAAAAUAAAAUAAAAAAAGAGAUUAAAUAUGUAUCACUAAGAGCAAUCCAUAAAGUUAUUAUACUCUUUAGUGUGUUGUCAACUUGCUAUUCUCUUCUGAUCACUACAAUUUUAUAAUACAGAUCAGACUGAACAUGUUAUUUCCAAUCAUAAAUAGUGCUGCAUGUUCACAGGGUUCAUGUUUACAUUAUGACGUUUUGUAGGUUAGCUGCUGCUUCUGUUUACUCUAAACGGGAUGAGCUCGUCCUGUCCACACACUGAAGCACAUGACUCACUGAAACACGUUUGUGUUGUCACAUUGCAAUCUGAAACCCCACGUGAAACAGAGAGAGUUCACAAAUCAGUCACCACGUUAUGACUGCUGUUUACGUGGAGUUUACACAACUUGUCCUAUGUUUCUGAUGAUCAAGCAGGAUUAUCAAUAAGACAGCCCCUGCACAGCUCAGGCGAAACUUGAGAUAAUUUGCUCUGAGCUGGUGUAGGCAGGCUGCUACACUCUGUGUGUUCAUGUGUGUUUGAAUUGGCUUGUUUUUGGUAUCAAAAGUUCGCCAGGAACACCACAGAUGGCUGCCCCCUUUGUUCCAUUCCCACUCCCAGCAGACUGGACUGGAGUGAGCAGUUCCCAGGCCAGGAGGGGAUCUCCUAUACAUACUGCCUCGUCCAUCGAGCCCUCACCUCCAGAGAGUAUUUCCCAGGUGAGAGGAGUUGGACCCCGGGAUGCUGCAGUUGAUGCUCCCACCGCACAUGACUCCUGGAGUAGACCCAAAGAAAGCCUAUUGGAUGGGUCAUCCACACUGCUGGAGGGUGAGGGGAACCUCAAGGAUAGCCGGGUAGAGAGACCCAUCAUCCCGAUACUGCUGGGCUAUGAGAUCCUGGAGGAGAGGUCAAAGUUCACGGUUUAUAAGAUUCUGGUGACGGGAGGUCGAGGAGACAGCUGGGUGAUCUUCAGAAGAUACACCGACUUCUGCAGGCUCAGUGACAAGCUUAAAGAGCUGUUUCCCAGCAUUGGUCUAGCUCUGCCUCCUAAGCACUGGUUCAAAAACAACUAUGAUGAAGGGUUUUUAGAAGAGAGGCAGAUCGGGCUGCAAACGUUUCUGCAGAACUUGUCAUUACACAGAGACAUCAUCAGCAGUGAAGCUGUCAAACACUUUCUGUGUUUGGCUGAACCGCUGAGUCCAUUUGACAGUCUAGAGGAAAGUAGGGCUUUUUGUGAGACUCUGGAGGAUACUAACCACCGUCUGCAGAGGGAACUCGUGGAAAGUCAGAGUGAAGUUGAGGCUUUGAAGAAGACCCUGGAGGAGAAGGAAAACCACAUCAGCCUCUUGAUGAAACACAUGUUACUUUCUUCUGAGAGCUUUGAUGGUUCUUGUCAGCUAACAUCACCGAUAACCACAGACAGACAGAGAGAAGGAGACUCAGAUGUGACAGAUGGAUUCAAGCAACAACACAAAGAUGAAAAUGAAGGCAGAGGAUACUCUGUAACUGAGGUUGACAAAGUGUUGACAAGGUGACGGUCUGAUUUCCUGAUAAAAGGUCAUGAAGCUUACUGGAGUACAGUGGUCAUCAGUGAUUCAAGUCACAAAGUAAAAAAACAAACAAUCCACAGACAAUCCACCAUGACACAUUUUCUGACUCUGCUCUGAAUCAUCUGAAGACACAGAAGCACAAGUUCAGUGACAAUAUGUACAAUCAUGGAGAAUAAUGGACAGACACACUUCUUUCUACUGUAAAACAUGGCAGACUUUGAUUUUCUGUAUCUUCCUUAUUUGCAAGUGUCCAGUGGUGGGUGUAACUAAGUACAAUUACUGAAAUACUGUUCUCAAACUUGAGUAUUUCCAUUUUAUGAAAUGUUAUACUUAACUACUCUACUACAUCUCAAAGGCAGAUAAUGUACUCUUCACUCGACUACAUUUGUCUGACAGAUUACGUGUUCCUUAAGAACAUUCUCCUUCUUCUUAGGCUAAAUCUUUUAAACCAGUCUUGAAUUCAUUAAAAUGCACUGUCGCAAAGCUGAGCUCAUGAAAAGUUUACUCACAGGAUGAGCAUAUACAUAACAUAACAUAUAAUGCUCUUCUCUAAUAUGAUAAACUACAACAACAGUAUAUAAAGUAGGUAAAAUUAGCUCAAACUUAAACUCAAAACUUAAACAUCCACAGCAGUAAUAUUUAUCAAAAUACAAAAAAACAUAUAUGUCUUCUUCCACUACAGCCAGUGUCAAUGUGUGUGUGAUUUAUUUUCUGAUACUGUGAGUAAAUCAACCAUAAAUACCUCAAGAUAUCCAGGUUUGUAUUCACAUAAAGGACUUGUGUAUUAUGUUGCUUUAAAAAGGGAAGAAUCUGCUCCUUUUCUUCAAUGUAAAUACAAGCCUUGCUAUUCAUAAUGUACAGAGGUGAUGUGUUUUCUUUGAAGCUGAAGUCAGAUUUGACCAGAGGGUGGCAGUGUAUUAAAAGUUUCCAAAGGUAAAACCACUGUACAUGAAUCACGGGGACAUUGGGAACUCGAUGUUCUGUUCUUGUUACAAAGGCAUCUCUCCAAACCUUGAACACAGUGCUCCUUGAUAACGAGCUUAGAUGAUGAUUUUAUUUCAUGAAGUGAAUAGCAGUUUCUCAAUCAAUGAGUAAAAUGUGUGUGUUUGUCAGAGCUUCAGUCCCAUCCAAGUGAACCCUCAUUCAUAAAAGCCUCAUC